AAUAGAUUACAACGUUAUAGCACGUGUUUGUACUUUUCGCUCGCAGGAUGUUGCCUCAUAUGUGUCAAACGUGAAACAUCAACAUGUUUAGUGUAUUUGUGAACUUCGAAUAUGACAUCACAUAAUUAAUGCGAUAAAAACCGCAAAAUGAAGCUCAUCAGCAGAGAUAUUGACAAAAACGGUUCUGGGAGUGUGACCCUGAUUCCUGAGGAGUCGGAGGACAUGUGGCACACCUACAACCUGGUAACCAUUGGCGACUCACUGAGAUCAACCACCAUCAGGAAAGUUCAGAAUGAGUCGGCCACCGGAAGUGUGAGCGUAAACAAAGUUAGAACCACUCUCUGUAUCCAUAUAGAAGCCAUCGAGUUUGACACACAGGGAUGUAUGCUCCGCGUCAGAGGGCGCAACAUACAGGAGAACCAGUAUGUCAAGAUGGGUGCCUACCACACACUGGACCUGGAGCUGAACAGAAAGUUUACCUUGGGUAAACAUGAAUGGGACAGUNCGUCAUUGGUUUGUGUGAGAAAAUUACAAACAGCUUGUGAUCCCACCACACACGCCGACCUUGCCGCAGUUGUCAUGCAGGAAGGACUCGCUCAUGUCUGCCUAAUUACUGCAAAUAUGACCCUUGUUCGUGCCAAAAUAGAGACCAGUAUACCCCGCAAACGCAAGGGAAUGUGUUCACAACACGACAAGGGCCUCGCAAGAUUUUACGAUCAGAUCAUACAAGCUAUACUACGCCACGUCAAUUUUGAUAUUGUAAAAUGUUUUCUUGUGGCAAGUCCAGGAUUUGUAAAGGACCAGUUCUCAGAGUUCAUGUUUACACAAGCUGUUAAAAUGGACAAUAAAGUGUUGCUAGACAACAAAUCAAAGUUUGUUCUUGUCCACUCCUCUUCAGGAUUCAAACAUUCUCUCAAAGAGGUUUUACAAGAUCCUGCCUUAACUGCCCGGCUAGCUGACACAAAGGCGUCCUUAGAGAUCAAAGCUUUGGACGAUUUUUACCAAAUGCUUCAGAACGACCCCAACAGAGCCUUCUACGGAGUAAAACAAGUGGAAAAGGCUGCAGAGCAUCAGGCUGUCGAAGUCUUGCUCAUAUCCGACGAGCUGUUCCGAUCGCAAGACAUCAAGCAACGUAAACGAUAUGUGAAAAUUGUAGACACUGUACGAGAGACUGCUGGUGAGGUGAGGAUGUUCUCUAGUUUACAUGUAUCUGGAGAACAGCUAGGCCAGUUAUCAGGAGUUGCUGCGAUACUUAGAUUUCCAAUGGCGGACGAUGACGACGAUUCAGAGGAGGAUUAAGAAAUGUAUUGUUUAAGGAAGAUCUGUGCACCUCGCUGGCAUUUUAAUCAAACAUUCUUGCUGGCAUUUAAAACACACUCAAUGUUUCAAUUUCUGAGCCUAUUUUAUAUGUAGCAUGAUAAAAACAAUUAUUUAUUAAAUCAUUUCAAUUCUUU